AUGAGAGUGAAUCGUUCUGUGGUCAUAACGAUGGCUUCACUGCUCACAUACAUGGUCCUAUUAUUAUUAACUAUCUCCACUAUUACUGCUGUAGUCGCAGAAUAUGAGCAACAAGUAGAAGAUUGCCCCGUAGUGGAAGGUGGUCCAUUAUUUGAAGUUGCCGAAAAGAUUUGCGAAUUCUGCCACGAGAUCACCAGCCAUGAAAAACCGAAUAUGCGAUCACAAUGCAGGUCGUCAUGCUUCUCCAGCGACCACUUCCGGACUUGUGUGAACAUCUUUUCGAAUCCUCCGACACAACCAGCGCGACAUACGCGAUCACGCCAUCGAAUUCGCCACAUUUGGGUCUAA